AUGGCUGAGAAUACUCCGGAGAGGCUUUACAUUCGCCCGUAUGAGCCCGAAGAUGAGAAGCAGGUGCGCUUCAUGGUCGGCCAGGCGCAGAUGGAACACCUUGCAUUCGCAAAUAACCGUGCUACCAUCCAUCCCCUGACACUGGCGAUCUGGAUAGCGGCGUCCGUGGCCAGCGCUCAGCUUCUAGGAUGGUGGCCUCAAAGCGCCGAGGCCGGUUGGGUCGAUUACUUUCGCGUUGUACCGGCGUUUUUCGCUUGCGCAGUGCCAAUCAUGUUCGGUUUUGACUGGUUACAUCGGCCCUCUGUCGAGUCUCGGGCCGAGCGAACCUUGCGGAACGUAGACAUGGUCGACAUCCCCGCGUACUAUGCGCGCUCUCCGUCAUCCGGUUUCUUCAUUUUACAGUAUGGGGAUAAGCUGAUCGGACUCGUCGGGAUCGACGCUUCGACCAAUGCUAUUAUCGACAAGCCUGUCGCCAAAGAUGCCAAAUUCACGGUGGAGGAGAGCACACAGCUGCUGCAUGGAAAGGGGACCUCAAAAGUUGCAACCAUCCGUCAUUUCUUCACCGAAGAGGCAUACCGUUCAACCGGGAUCGAGGAAGACCUCCUGCGACAUGCCACCGGCUGCGCGUUCAAGGACAAGACCGUUCAGACCCUGCGGAUUUCGGUCUCACCGUUCAAACGCACGCUGCUGGAGGAGCUUGGAAAAGCGGGGUUUGUCUCCGGGGAGCCCGAUGGGAAGCUCGGGCCGUUUGGAUGGCAAUGGCAGUGGUACACACUCAGUCGAUCGCGGUGGGAGACGACGCCGAACACUUCUUGA